AAUAAAAACAAUAAAUCCAUCGAUAAUAAAAGUCCAUCUUAAAUGUAAAAAUAUGCUAUAAAUUUUACUUUGCUGCAACACUGCAGAUUUGUGGUUUUAGGCCAAAUUGACGUGACGAACUUGCGGAAAGUGAACGGUUACAGCCUCUUUGCGUCAUUUCCGCCAUUAGGACGACUCGCUGACAGCCGCGCACCCCGUCUGCAGGCGGUUUUUUGACACUGCGCGGACAGUGCACGUACGGAAAGUUAAAUAUACCGGGCCUUUAGUUUUUCAAAUGACUCUGUUUAUGAACACUUGCGUUUUUUUUGUCAAAGUCCUCACUCUACCACUUUACGUUGCAGAGUUGGCUGGACUUCUGUCUUUCUACAAACGCGUCUUUCCUCGGUUCGUAUAUAAUUUCACUUUAGCGUACAAUGAAAUGAUGAAGGAAAAGAAAGCAGAGCUAUUUCGAAACCUGGACAAAUUCUUCCCGCAGAAAGGCUCUCUGCGCAUCCUGGAGCUGGGCUGCGGAUCCGGGGCGAACUUCGAGCACUAUCCGACGGGCUGCAGGAUCACGUGCAUCGACCCAAACCCGCAUUUCCAAAAGUACCUGGAGAAAAGUAUGGCGAAGAACGAUCACCUCGUUUAUGACAGCUUCAUCGUGGCUUCGGGGGAGAAUCUAAAGGCUGUGGGGGACGGCUCUGUGGAUGUUGUGGUGUGCACGCUGGUUCUGUGCUCGGUCCAGGAUACACGGAAGGUUCUGCAAGAAGCAAAGAGAGUUCUGAGGCCUGGGGGAGCAUUAUUCUUUCUUGAACAUGUGAUGUCUGAUCCUUCAACUUGGAGUUACUUUUUCCAACGUGUUUUUCAGCCUUUCUGGUACUAUAUGAACGAUGGUUGUGAUACAACCCGUCCCACUUGGAAGCACCUCGAGGCAGCAGGCUUCUCCGACCUUCAGCUAUGCCACAUCCAAGCUCCUUUAUUUUUUAUGCUCAAACCACACAUUGUUGGUUAUGCAGUCAAAUGAUGAAUAUGAAUUUUGCAGAAGGAAAAACCUUUCUCAAGCACGGUUUCUUUAAGUAAUCCUUAUUCCACUAUACUUUUAAAUGUUUGUAUGAAAGAGCAAUUUCUAUUGAAUGUAUAAAAUAAGUUUUAGUUUGAGUAUCCUGUCUGUAAAACACAGCACUAUUAAAUACAAAAGCACCAGCACAACAAAAUGCAUAAAUCUAUAUUAAAAAUGCUUUUGGAAAUGAA